AUGCACACCGGCUUUGCUAAAGGCUGGGAAGAGACCUCGGAUUCGAUCAAAGACACCAUAAACAAAUAUCACAAGCUGUACCCAAGCUUCCGCCUACUUGCCACAGGUCAUUCCCUUGGUGGCGCGGUGGCGACUAUUGCCGCUGCCUACCUACGCGCUGAUGGAUUAUCAAUCGAUGUCUAUUCCUACGGCUCACCACGCGUUGGCAAUCCCGAAUUUGCUAAUUUUGUCACGAGGCAGCCUGGUAAUACAUAUCGUAUUACGCAUGGUACAGAUAUUGUUGCCAAGGUCCCCCCUCUAAUUUUCGGUUAUGCACAUACGUCUCCUGAGUAUUGGAUCAGCAACGUAUCUGCUACGGAUGGCGUCCAUGACUAUAAACAGAGCGAUAUUUUCGUAUGCACAGGUAUUGCAAAUCCUGACUGCAACGUUGGCACAUCGACUGUUGGGAGAUAUGACCAUUCCGACUAUUUUGGAAAGAUCGACGGAUGCAAGUCCACCUUUCCUGGGUUCGGCAAGCGAGCCGAAUCCGUGGACGGCAUUGAGCUUACAGACCAGUUGAUGGACAUGGUAGCGAAGGACCGGGCUAUGGCGAAGCACAGCGCUGAGAUGAGAAACGCGAUACUAGGAGGAGGGCAGAACCACACGCAACCAACGGUGACGAUCAUCAACGGCAGACGAUACAGCCGGCAGCAAAGCAGCAGGCACGGAAAGCUCCCCGCGUUUGUCUUCUACGGUGACACCCUAUGGCCGGCCGAGGCCAAGCGACAGGGCGGAUUCACCACGCCGGCUGAUAUCCUGGCUCAAUCCGGCAUUCCGGCCGCGGCAUACUCCUUGCGAACACACCUCAACAGACAAAACAUGGCACUCCAGCCAGAGACCUAUUUCCUCUCAACCUAUGAAACCUUCGGAGCGGCAGCCAAGGAUGCGGCAGCCAAGGCAGCCAAGUGGGGUGGAGCGUCAAACCCGGUAGUUUAUCUUGUCCAUGCUACACCAAACAUGAUCCGGGCAGGGAACGAGGUCGCCACCGCCGGAGGCAUCCUCUGGUCGCAGGUUUCUGCCUGGACCCAGGUGCCUCGUAGCUAUGCUCUUCCCGAGGAGGUGCCGAAAACCAAGCAGGAAUUGCACGAGCACUUCAUCAAAGCGUAUACCGAGAGACCUAAGCAAAUGUUCAACAAGAACCCAGACUAUAACACGACAUUCGACCGGUAUACUACUAACGAAAAUUCGAAGCUGCUGGACUCCAAGGAACCUAAAGAAGACUUCCUGAAUUUCAUGAGCGGAUUUGGGAGCGCCGUAGGCUUCCAUGGGAAACUCCCUCUUCUUCUUCCGGCGCCGGAAACAUUUGACGGUCAAAAAUCUGCGGAAGCUAAGGAGAUGAAUACUGUGCCUGCGCCGCACGAAGAAGGAGUCUUUGCAAAGAUAGGCCACUUUAUCUGGAAUCACCCCAUUGCGGUAGCCUCUAUUCCUGCAGUUCUGGCGCUUAAUCUGAUCCCAGGGGUGGGAGAGGCAGCAGAUGUCGCCGAACUCGCCGCUCUAAGCGCCGAUACUAUCGAGGCCGCCGGGGUGAUGGCUGAAAGCACAACGGUAGUCACGGAAGUUACACCACUGCUCGAAGGGGGGGUAACAGCAGGUAGUGGUGACAUAGAGCUUGAGAACCUGGCAUUAAAUGGCGUAUAA